UUCCUGGGCCCCUCUCCCAGUGCUGCUGAACCCUCCUGGGACCCAGGACCUGGAACUCGGUUUCAUGAGGGCCGCAGCCGGAGCGCCUCACGGCUGAUGCGGUCCUCGGAGGGGUCGUGGAGGGGGACCCAGUUCCAGGAACCCAGAGCCCUCAUCCUUCUUUUCUCUCGUCCGCCACGCGGGGCGCAGGGCUGGAAGCGGCGGGUCAGCCGAGCUCUGCACUCAGAAAACUCUGUCGAGCGGCCAAGGCCUGGGGCGAGGGCCCUGGGGCGGCCCCCACGGGGCGGGGCUGGACGGGGCGGGGUCGCGGCUCCUCCCCCGGCCGGGGCGGCGGGGCGGACUGGCUGCGCGCUCAGGCUGGUGGUACAACCUGGAACGCUGGUCGGCGGAGGCGGCGGGGACCCCGGACCCCACCCCAGGCCGAGCCUGACACUCACCCCUUCCGGCUGGACCCAGAAAGAUCCCAUCCCAAGGAGCUCAGGUGUCUCCUCCUCCUGUAUGACCAAGUGUGGCUCUGGGGAGAACAUCUCAGCAGCCCAUUAGGAUACAGAGAAGAAGAGGCCCAAAGCAACUGGCUCACGGCCCAUCCCCCCUUUUUCUGGAAGGAAGGAAGGAAGGAAGGAAGGAAAGAAGGGAGGGAAGUGCCGUGCCCCACAUCACCAAGGAUGACACUAAACACGCAGCAGGAAGCCAAGACCUCCCUGCGACGGCGAGCCAGCACCCCACUGCCCCUGUCCUCCAGGGGCCACCAGCCCAGUCGUCUGUGCACAGCACCCUCCACUCAGCCCCAGCACCCCCGGCUGGGCCAAUCAGCCUCCCUCAACCCUCCCACCCGCAAGCCUUCCCCUGCCCCCGACGGCUGGUCCUCAGAAUCCAGCGACUCUGAAGGCUCCUGGGAGGCCCUGUACCGUGUGGUGCUGCUUGGAGACCCUGGUGUGGGGAAGACCAGCCUGGCCAGCCUCUUUGCAGGGAAGCAAGAGCGGGACCUCCAUGACCAGCUGGGAGAAGAUGUAUAUGAGAGGACCCUCACAGUGGAUGGAGAGGACACCACACUGGUGGUCAUGGAUACCUGGGAGGCCGAGAAACUGGACGACAGCGGGAAGCGGGAGUCGUGCCUGCAGGCGGGCAGUGCCUACGUCAUCGUGUACUCCAUCGCAGACCGCCGCAGCUUUGAGAGUGCCUCUGAGCUUCGCAUUCAGCUGCGACGCACGCACCAGGCGGACCACGUGCCCAUCAUCCUCGUGGGCAACAAGGCGGACCUGGCCCGCUGCCGGGAAGUCUCGGUGGAAGAGGGCCGCGCCUGCGCCGUGGUGUUCGACUGCAAGUUCAUCGAGACAUCAGCCGCUCUGCAGCACAACGUGGCGGAGCUCUUCGAGGGCGUGGUGCGCCAACUGCGCUUGCGGCGCCGGGACAGCGCGGCCCGCGAGCCGCCCGCGCCCCGACGCCGCGCCAGCCUCGGCCAGCGCGCACGUCGCUUCCUGGCUCGCCUGACGGCCCGCAGUGCCCGCCGCCGGGCACUCAAGGCCCGCUCCAAGUCCUGUCACAACCUGGCCGUACUCUGAGGCCGCCCGCCCUCCCAAGGUGGCAAGACACUGGGGUGCAUCCCGGGCUCCACCGGCAAAGACCCCUGACAGGAGCCUGCGUCGUGGGCCGUGGCUGCCGACUGUCCUAAUGGCCUGGGGAUCGCCGAGAGCGAGAGCCUUGGGGCCUCCUCCGCCCCGGGAAGCCACGGGCAGAUAUGGGGACUAAGCUGGGCACAAAGUAGGGUUUUAUACGUAGUGGGGGUCUUUUUGUAGAAAUCAUCUUUGUCUUGGUCUCUGGCCAACCUCUAAAACCCUCACAAUAAAUCAGUCCGGAAGGAUGUCCUAUCUGAACAACCCGACCUCUCCUUGUGGCGUCUACACUGGCUGCCCUGCCGUCUACACUGGCUGGCAGAGCCGAUCCUUAACGUCCUUAUAUCAAUUGUGUUUUCAGGCCCUUCCCCCAGCCAUUGGGUACCAUGCCUGCCCGAGUCUUUGAGAAACCAGUUGGUUGUGAUGACCUGCUGUUUUCUUUCUUGACUCCUUUUUUUAUUUUUAUUUUUUUUUUAAGAUUUGUUUAUUUGAAAGCAGAGUUACAGAGAGACAGAAAGAUCUUCCAUCCACUAAUUCACUCCACAGAUGGCCCCAAUGACCUUGGCUGGGCCAGGCUGAAGCCAGGAGCCAAGAACUGCAUCUGGGUCUCCCAUGCGAGUGUCAAGGGCCCAAUCACUUGAGCCAUCUUCGGCUGCUUUCCCAGGUGCAUUAGAUCAGAAAUGGUGCAACUGGGACUCAGAUCAGUACCCAUAUGGGAUACUAGCAUCACAGAGGUGGCCCCUUCUUAACUCAUUUUUUAGAGUAUACCAGUAGAUUCAUAAAAUGUUAUCUGGAAGGACCCCUGAUGCUCAUCCUGGCAAUAUCAUAGCUGCUGCUUGUUGGAAACUGAAGGUGUGCUAAGCUGUUGUGACUCAAUCGGCACAACACCUGGGAGGAGGGUGUUACUAUUAACCCUGUCUUUCUAAUUGGGAAACAAGCAUGGACAAUGCCAAGGCUCAUGGCCAAGAUCACACAGCUGCUAUAAGUGACGUUGCCAGGAUUCCAGUCCAGGCCUGAAGGAUCAGUCGAUGCACAAUUUAUCCACAGUGCUCUGUAAGAGUGUCACAGAAGGCCAGGCGUUGUGACUCCCACAUCCCAUACUGGAGCGCCAGUUCAAGUCCUGGCUGCUCUGCUUCCAAUCCAGCUCCCUGCUAAUGUGCCUGGAAGGCAGCAGAUGAUGGUCCAAGUACUUCGACCCCUGCCACCCACAUGGGAGACCUGGAUGGAGUUCCUUGCUACUGUUCUCACACCUGGCUGUUGUAGCCAUUUGAGGAGUGAGCCAGUAAUAGAAGAUCUCUCUCUCUCUCUCUCUCUCUCUCUCUGUGUGUGUGUGUGUUUGUGUGUAUGUUUGUGUGUGUGUGUCUGUCUGUCUGUCUUGCCUCUCUUGGGCACUCUGCUUUUCAAAUAAAGAA